AUGAGGACUAAAAAGAUCACAACAUUUGAUAUGGAAGUAGCAUUAAUGAUUUACAAUGAAGAACAAAAGACAUUGACAAGUAUACCCAGAGAAGCAAACAAAAAUAAGAUAAAUAAAAUUUCUGAAGGCUUAAGUACCUUCACUUAA